UGCUCCACUGUCUGCGGAUGGACACCAGAAACAUGUUGUUCACUGGUCAGAGAAAGCAGCCUGUCAUAGUUCCUGUGUUUGCAGCCAGCCUGGGAAUGUUAGAGCCCACCAAAGAGCCACUGAGACCAGCUUCAACUGCGGAGAAGACUGCUGCCACAGCACAAGCACUUCCUGGGUCACAGGAAACCACCACCACCUCGUCAAUACAGCAGGGGGCCCCCCAGCCUUGGUCCCAGUUUGACUGGAGCAGCAGUGGCCUUGGCGUCAACCGUCUGGAUGGUACGUCCUCCCACUGAGCCCCCUACCUACAGGGCUAGAGAUGAGGCUGCUGAACACACUCUCUCCUCCGACUCUGCUGCUACCUGACUCCUGUUGCUCUCUUUGGUUCCAAUGUCCACACCAGCAUACUAGACUACCACCUAUAAAGAAUCAAUGUGUUGGACAUACUAGACUACUGCCUAUAAUGAAUCAAUGUGUUGGACAUACUAGACUACCACCUAUAAAGAAUCAAUGUGUUGGACAUGCAUUCUAAGUAAGUGGUAUGCAAGUGUGGACUUUGGAACAUAGUCCCUAUCACCCCCCCCC